GUUCAGGUUGUUAGACCAGAGACCAGUCAGCGACUCUUCAGCUCCAGCUAGCAGGAUUACCUCUUGUCAGUGUGUCUCUGACAACGCUAUAGAUAAAUAUGUCAAAGUUGGAGCAGAUCCUUGUUCUCGACCCCCCCUGUGACCUCAGAUUUAAAGGUCCCUUCACUGACGUCGUCACCACCAACCUGAAGCUGAAGAACCCGUCUGAUAGAAGAGUGUGUUUCAAAGUGAAGACCACGGCUCCCAAGAGGUACUGCGUACGGCCCAACAGCGGCAUCAUCGACGUAGGCGCUACCGUCACCAUCUCUGUAAUGCUCCAGCCCUUUGACUACGACCCCAAUGAGAAAAGUAAACACAAAUUCAUGGUCCAGAGUAUCUUUGCUACACCUGAUGUGGCUGAGAUGGAUGCAAUGUGGAAAGAUGUGAAACCUCAUGAUCUCAUGGAUUCCAAGCUGAGAUGUGUAUUCGACCUGCCUUCUGAAAACGAUCAAGUGAUUGACGUGGAUUUGAACAGCAAAGCGACGGCUCCUGUGCAGAACUCGUCCAAGGUGGCGGACGGUCCCGUGCUAACAACGGCGAAGACCGUCAGCGCCUCGAUGAACGACUCUGAGAUGAAGAAACUAACAGAAGAGUGCAAGAGACUGCAGGCCGAGAUGGAUAAGCUGACUGGAGAGAACCGACAACUCAAGGACGACGGUGUUAGAAUGAGAAGGGCUGCCCAGCGUUCUGACCACAUGACAUCGAACCAGACGGGCUCCUCCAUGAUGCAACAGACGACCGCCGCCUCCCUCCCCUCUCUCCUCGUUGUCAUAGCAGCCAUCUUCAUCGGAUUCUUCAUCGGGAAGUUCAUCUUGUAAACUGGAGCUGGCUCUGAAAUGGCACCCUAUUCCCUAUUUUGUGCACUACUUUUGAGCAGAACCGAUAGGGAGUCCCCAUAGGGCUCUGGUUCAAAGUAGGGCACUACAUAGGGAAUAGGGUGCCAUUUCGGACAGCGCGCCCUGGGAGACGAAAGACGCCUGCCGUAUCCCACAACGACCCCUCGGCUCCGGAAUCAAAAGGCCUGGAUGGACCUGACUAACCAAGAAGAGAAGUCUUUCUGUUGACUUUGCCAUAUCAGAAGUAGUGCUCUGUCUGCUGUGGCCAUGUUGUCUGUCUGUACAGUACGAGGGCCCCACUGCCUUUUUACAAGCGUUUACACAUGGUUAGUGUACACACAGAGAGGAAAGGAAGGAAGGAAGGAAGGAUGAGAGUGAAAAAGAUGGCUCCAUUUUGUUUUUCUGCUUUUUUGAUGGAUGGACAGACAGCCUAAGUGCAGGUAUGAGAUGUACGUACAAAAUAUCACCUUAAUCCCUGUAUAUUACACUACUACUAAUGGUCCUGGUUAACAGUAGUGCACUAUACAAGGAAUAGGGUGCUUUUUUGGGACGCACAGGAAGUGGUACACUAUCAAUCAACAUGGAGGACAGUUGAGACGUGCCUAGGCCCUGUUAGAAUACUUUAACGCACCGUUCCUACCUUAUUUGAGGAAAGCUCUACA